UUUCUUGGACCCGCACGGAACACGUUGAUGAUGAAGUUUCAAGGCCAAACCCACACUCUUCUAAAAGCUUAAAGUGAGAAUACUUAAAUCCCCAAACAUGUCAUUCACAAUGUUACGAAGUCCAUGGCACCGACUCCUGCCAACUGUGAAGCAGGUAUUUAGAGUUCAACCGAAGUUAGGAGAGCAAAUAUGCGCAGAAAAGAUCCAGAAGUGGAGUUACUGUGUACAGAGGUGUCAUCAUGUCCUCUUCAGAACAUCAGUUGCAAAUGGCACUUGGCAGAGAACUAGACAACAGCAGCACUAUAGCACAAGCCAUUACCCCCAUCCCUUCACCAUAGCAGUCAUGACAGGGAGUACUGUAUACCAAGCACCCUUGUCACCCACUGGGUUGACACCAAUGCCUUUGUGGGACCUGCCUGAUGCCACAUUCAAGAAGUGCCACGUGCGUUUGUAUUCCACCAAACCACCAAGCAGCCCCUCCACUCCCACUGAUGAAAACCAUAAUGAGUCAAAGAGCACAAAGUUGAGAAUCGAAGAGGAAGAAAGAAUAGAAAAGAGAGCUUACAUAACCGAAGAAAAGAAGGAAGAGAAGGUAUCGUUAGUUCAGAAAUUUAAGAUGAUGUACAAACAGUACUGGUACGUCCUGAUACCUGUUCAUGUUGUCACUUCGCUUGUGUGGUACGGAUCCUUCUUCAUUGCUGCUAAGAGUGGUGUUGACAUAGUCCCAGUGAUUGAGAAGUUGGGAGCCGGAGAGAAGAUUCUAAGUCACCUGAGGAAUAGUGAUGCUGGUUAUUAUGCUAUCGCAUAUGCCAUGUAUAAAAUUGCUACACCUGCUCGGUACACAGUUACUAUUGGCGGAACAACACUAUCAAUCAACUAUCUGAAGAAACGUGGAUACAUCAAGCCUGUUCCCUCAUCUGAACAACUGAAGGAAAUGUAUGAAGGUAAAAGAGAGGAAUUCAUAGAGAAAAAAGAGGAAAUGAGAGAGAAGUAUCAGGAGAAAAGGGAGGAAAUCACAGAGAAGUACCAGAUAAAAAGGGAGGAGCUUAAAGACAGAAUAAGUGAAAGGAGGGAUCAAAUUAAGGAUAGAAUAGAUGAAAAAAGAGAGAAACUUGACAACAUAAAAAGCAGCAUAAGGAAACGGAGGUGAGAGAUAGGGAAAAUGGAGGUAAUCUUGGGUAAAGCAAGGAUUAUGAAAUAUAAAGGUUACAAAUCUGGUUGUCUGUGAGGUGAGUUUCAUCAGUUAAUUACUCUUAUAUUAUUAUUAUUCCCGGAAUAUUAUUUUGGUAACACUGCUAGGUAAAUAGAUGAUCAUGACUAUAGUGUUUGCUUAUUUAUUGAUUACUAAUAGUCUUCAAAAGAAGUUAAUACUCUGGGUAAGAGAUGUCUUUUGAUAUUUAUUUAUGUACCCUCAUCUAUCAUGAUGCUGUGGGAGGUAUGACUUUUCAUUGGGUCAGUUCUGGUUCUUCCUUUAGAUAACUUAUAUUUUUGUGGUUUAUAAAGAUGAUGGUUGUGAUGGCCAAGAGUCCUUAGACUUAAUUGUAAAAGCAAGUGAUGAUUCAAGAAUCAUAUUUUUUUAUUUCACAAUUUGAUGUUCUUAGAUUGACACUCAUGGUGACAUUAUUAUUAUACUUUAGAAAAAUUGUAAGAAAAUGGCUCUUAGGUCCUAGACCUAGCUCAGAAUGUGUCCAUUGUGGGACUUGUUAUAAGUUGUCAUGUGACUGUGUCCUUGUAAGUUACAAGUCAGUAUGCUUGUGGGUUUGAGUAUUUUGUACCUAGUGCAUGUGGAUAGAAAAUCCUCUCUACAAAGGAAUAGAACUGAGACAGUGAUCUAUCAAAUGCUAUUAAGAAUAUGUAAUUCUAAAAAUUUGUUUUGCUUUUAUUUUUGCAUUUUAGUAUUAUAUUUAGAAAUAUGAAAUUAUCAUCUUCCUGUAAGAAAGAUUAUGUGCUUGUAUUUAUUAUGGAAAGGUGUGUCAUAUGCUUGAUAGAAAUUGUGAAUAUAUAUUGUAUAAAUGUAUUUGAAAUGAAACCUGUCUGUGAAUGUAGAUGAGGCUGUGGUCUUUAUUUUUGGUCCCCAGAUUAAUGUUGAUAAUGAAUUCACAUUUUUUUUUAUUGGCAACUUAUUUAACAAAUGAUACAUUAUUUUACAUCUGUGAUAGGAAAGAAAUAGUAAAAUGCUUGCUUCAGACAUAUUUAUCAAGUACAUACCACUAAUUGCUUUUGACUGGAAACCAAGAGCCAAAAAGCAAAAUGCAAAAUAUGUAGAUUUUUUUAAUCUGAAUUGAAAGCAAAUGAAGCAGGUCAAGAAAGACUUUUCGAUGUAAGAAACUUUAGUUAAUGAAUUGUUGAUUUAUACACACACACACACGCACGCGCGCACACACACACACACACACACACACACACACACACACACACAC